AUGUCUCAGGAGCAAAGAACACAGCUGAAAGAUGUUGGGUAUUGUUUCAGUUUACUGCUGAAUAACAUUUUGUUUUUAGAAGCCAGUAACUGCUUUAUUGAUAAGUCCAUUUCUGUUCCAGAUAAUGCCUGUGAUCCAGGAGUCUGUGCCAAACAAAUGUGGAUUGACGUGACUAAGAUUAAAAAUGAGCUGUGUCUGACCUUCACUGAUAAUGGGAAUGGAAUGACUCCAAUUAAACUACACAAAAUGCUAAGCUUUGGGUUCACGAAUAAAACAGGGAAUAAAAGCCACUUGCCAAUUGGAGUGUAUGGAAAUGGAUUUAAAUCCGGCUCUAUGAGAUUGGGAAAAGAUGCUCUUGUCUUCACCAAGAAUGGCGGAGCUUUAAGCGUGGGCUUCCUAUCGCAAACCUACCUGGAACAGAUUAAUGCCCAAGCGGUCAUUAUUCCUAUUGUGCCUUUCAACCAGCAGAAUAAGAACCUCAUAGUUACUGAAGACUCAGUGCCAAGUCUGGAGGCCAUCUUGAAAUAUUCCAUCUUCAAUACAGAGAAGGAACUGCUGACAGAAUUUGAUACAAUCAUCAGCAAAAAAGGAACCCGGAUUAUUAUUUGGAAUAUCAGAAGAAACAAAGAUGAGAAACCUGAACUGGAUUUUGAAACAGACCCAUUAGACAUCCGGAUCCCAGAUAUCAACUCUGAAGAUGGUGCAGGAAAAAAGAAGACAUACAGACGACCGGAGAGGGAGGAUCAGCACAUUCCUGAAAGUGACUACUCACUAAGGGCAUAUUGUAGCAUUUUGUACCUGAAACCUCGCAUGCAGAUCAUCCUGCGUAAGAAGAAAGUCAAAGCACAACUUAUCACAAAGAGCCUGGCUCACAUUGAAUAUGAUGUUUACAGACCUAAUUUUAAUAAUAAGCGUGUUAAAAUAACCUUUGGUUUUAACUGUAAAAACAAAGAGCAGUAUGGAAUAAUGAUGUACAACAAAAAUCGGCUUAUUAAAUCUUAUGAGAAGGUUGGAUGCCAGAUAAAGUCAACCAGCAGAGGAUGUGGAGUUGGUGUAAUUGGAAUUAUUGAAUGCAAUUUUCUCAAGCCAGCACAUAAUAAACAAGAUUUUGAAUAUACUAAAGAAUACAGAUUGACAAUGCAAGCAUUGGGGCAGAAACUGAAUGAUUACUGGAAGGAAAAGAAAACUAAGAAAAGCCAGGAGGAAGCAGAUAGUACAGACAUGGUAGAAGAACCACGAACUGUCCCUGAUCAAGUUUGGGCUCAAUGUGACACAUGCAUGAAAUGGCGGAAGUUACCACCAGAAAUUGACCCAGAUUCACUACCAGAAAACUGGUAUUGUAACAUGAAUCCUGACCCCAAGUUCAGGGACUGCUCUAUUCCUGAGGAACCUGAGCAAAGUGAUGAUGAGAUGACACCCAGUUAUGAAAAAGCAUCUAAAAAACAUGAUCAAAGUCUGGAGAGAAAGAGGUGGAAGUCUUUGGAACAGGAGAAACGCAUGGCAAUGCUAGAGAGGUGUCCUGCCCCUUUCCUCCCGUUUGGAGUUUUCAGCCCAGUUUUCGCUCAAGAUGCUAUGCCAUUUAAAAGUGCCUCAGUUAAAGGCUGUUGUUCAUCACAGCAACAUUCCCAGUUGGCAUCUAUAACACAGAGAAAAGAUCAUUCUGAAACAGGAGAAAGCGAGGAGGAGAGAGAGGAAGAAGUCGGCUAUAGAACAAGAUCAUGCUCUGCCAGUCUCAGCACAGCAUCAGGAUGUUCAGACAAUAUGAAUGAAGAACGUGUUGUAUCAUCCAGCCUAGGACUGAACAGUAUCAAGCGAAAACAGAGUCUGAAAAAUCAGAGCUGGAAUAAAAAGCGUUUCAAAGAAAGAGCAGAAGUGUUAGCCGUUCCAAGUAGUCCUGACGCAGCCCAAUCAAUGGAAUAUGGCACAGUGAAUUCUACUAUGGAAGGACAAAGCAACAGCAGCGAUGACGACCUCAUUAUCAUAGAUGAUGGAGCUACAGAAGGAUCUAAAGGCAGUAUUACUCUUCAAAACCCCAAGCAGGAAGAAACAAAAACAGUGGAUUUCCCAAAUCUCAGUUGUAUCAAUAACGUAACUGAAGAGAAUAGUUUAAACAGUAAUGGAACAGUUUAUCAUGCUACUGCAGAAAAGGUACUUAUUUCUGAAGGAACGCAGACCAAUAAACUUGCUGUUAUAAAGAAAAUUGAGACAAGUUCCAGUGGCACCAGGGAGCCCGCUGACUCCCAUUCUAGCAUGACAUCUCAAGAAAAUAUUUUUACACAAAAAGCUAAUGAGAUUGAUCCAAAUGCAACAACAAAGUGUACUGCAGCCACCAUACACUUUCUGGAGAAACAACUGGACCAAGCAAGGAACUUGCUAGAUGAGAGAACCACAGAAAGAGAUUGUUUCAGAAAAGAAAACGAAGAACAGACCAUUACAAUAGAGCAAAUAACAAAACAACUGAUGGAGUACCAAGAAAACGCUAUACAGCAAGUACAAGCUACAACGAGAGCAAGUCUAAUGGAAAAUGUAAAUGUUGUUGGACCUGAAAGCUGGAGCCUUGAGGAAAUUAAGGCAUAUUAUAAAAACAUAGUGCAAGAACGUGAUGACUUGGCCCAGCAGUUAGAAAAUGCAGUAAAGAAGAUGGAAAACUGUUCAUCAGAAAGUAAACAGUUGAAAGAACAACUUGGAAAAGUACAGCAAGAAAGAGACCAAUUCAAGUUGGAAUAUGAGAAAAUGAAACACAAUUUGAAAGCUAGCACAAACAAAGGCGAUGAUUUUUACUGGACCAAAAAGUCAGCUGCUGCAUACAGAUACUCAGAGCUGGAGCUAAUGCGGUCAGAGGUUGAAAAAUUAAAGGGACAGAAGGUAGAGCUGGAGGAGAAAUUGGAAGAGGCCCUGAGGUGUAAUGCUUUAUGCAAAGAAGCAUGGGAUCCUUCCACUAGCCAAGAAGUUGCCCAAACCAACAGUGUACUGACCAAGUUGAAGUCAUUACGGGUAAAGGUUGGACAUCUGUUGGGUUCUGUUCUGCCACACUUGGACUUAAAGGACAUCAGUUAUGAAACAGACAUAAUCGAUGAAAUUCUAGAAAAGGUGAUAGAAGCCAAUAAACUUUGAGCCAAAUCUUCCACUUUAUAAUAUGCUAUGAAAGAGACAACAAACCUUUGAUGAAUGCAUUUUAGCAGCUCGUGUGUUAUUUUAAAAGAGCAUAUCCCAGAAAAAGAGAACGAGAGAUAGUGAUUUAAAGGAAGCAUUUGCACACCUCACAAGUUCUACUGCUAAAAAUAUCAAAAAUUGUUUUGAUUAGCAUGCAUCUGAUCAAAAUGUCCACUUGUAAUGAAAUUUAUCAGAUCUGCUGUAAGAUUACAUAAACUGAUGCUUUCUGUUUC